AUUAGAACAAAAGUAUGCCAACAAGUUACAAAGCGAGAUGUCAGGACCAUUGUUUGAAAUUGUCAGUAGAGUCAUGAAAGCCUUAGUCAACAAAAAAAUUACAGUGCCAGGAAAUUUUAAAAGCAAUACUGGCACUUCAGCGAUAACUUGUUCCUACAAAAGUAACAGUGGAUUUCUUUACCCGCUGGAAAGAGGAUUCAUUUAUGUUCAUAAACCACCUAUACAUAUUCGCUUUGAUGAAAUGAGCUGUGUGAACUUUGCACGCGGUACAGGCAGUAGCAGAUACUUUGAUUUUGAAAUAGAGACCACCAGUGGUACACCCUAUGUCUUUAGCAGUAUUGAGAAGGAUGAGUAUGGUAAGCUUUAUGACUAUGUAAGUAAUAAUAGACUCAAGAAUUAAAACAUGGGUUUGAAAUCUGCGGAGAGUAUUUGGU